AUGCAAUCUCAGGGUGAAUCUCUCAACGAAUCCUCCCAUUCAUCCGCCAUCCGCUUCUUCCGCAACGCCGACCUCUGCACGCACUUUUGCGAAAUCUUGAUCAAGCAAAAAGCCAUUACUCCCCCCUCGAAACUAUGCUCGGCCAGUAGAGGCACCGCUACUCUCCUCGCCUUUCGUGGCGUGACCCGUCAAGCCUGGAGGGCCGUGAUGCUGGAGCAUCCCACACGCUUGGCGCUCAACCUAGCUCCUCGAGACGAGACAGUAGAAGGCAUUGUCUGCCAUCGUGAGGAGCCUUUCGACCGUACAGUAACGCACCACCGACUUCCGACCUGGGCCUACCAGCGUCAUGUCUUCAUCUCUCAUGACGAAGCUGAUGUCGCGGCUCUCCAUGCACGCGACAGAGAUGAUCCUUCGUAUCGUACCGCUUCAAGGCCGGGCAUCGUAGCUAGAGUCGCUACUCAUCAUCCUGCGGUGUCUCACUGGCUUCAUGUAUCCAUGGCUUCCAUGGAAUUAUGGAUCACCUGGGAGAAAUUUGAAAUCUGCUCGAAGGUGCCUCUGGCGAGGGAGAUGUUCCUCACACAACCACCACAGAAAUCCAUGUACUUUUGGAUCAGGUAUGACUAUUGGCCCGGCCGGCCCAGCCGAGCGAAUUUGAUUGAGAUUGAAAAUGCCAACGGCCUUCGCUUCGAGGAUCUUGCUGCGUAUAUCGAAAGUCGACCUGAGUUGUGGAAGAAACCAAUACCGGGUGGUCUAGAGCAGUAUAAGCGAUGGCUUCGGGAUAGCGAGUUUGUCUACCCGGUGAGGAUUACGUGGGAGUAUCCUCGAGCUAUUGAAAGGGGUCAUUAWUGGGAUGAGGAUGCGAGAUUGAAUACCGAGAGCCUUGCGAGUGGCGAUGCCAAGGUUUGA